AUGCGGUUGGAGGAGGUGAUUUUCCAGGUCAUUUGCCAGGUCAGCAUGGUGGAACCAACGUGUUCUGAAUCUCGGCUCUAUGGUCAUCUGGCGAACAUCUAUGCGGAAAUGCAGUCCCAUCUUCCACCUCGCCAAUCCAUUUAUGCUGCUAUCUCCUCCCUAAUCAAAUCGGGUCUUAUCUACUACUGCGGUAAAUCCUGCAUUUUAGUAAUGAUUUAA